CCAUGGACACGCCUCCCAGGUUGUAGGAGGCGGAGCCAAGAUGGCGGAGAGGAACCCGGAAGUUGCCUGAGCUCCCCGAAAUCUCCCUUGGAAAUUACCUUAAAUUAAACCUACAGAAGGAUGGAGUGAAACGAUCUUCUGGCUUAAGACAACCCGGAAGGUCUUCAGGAAAGGUCUGUCUCACGUGGGUCAAAGGGCGAGAGGGAGGACGACAGAUAAAAGUGCCGCUGGUGAAGCCGUGACGGGAAGAGGAAUCGGUCCUGAGCCCAAAAAGUCCUCUUGGAAGAGCUGGACAAGGAGCUGACCCCCCGCCGAGUCAGGCAGGAGGACACGUGGGUACACAAUUCUUCAGAUCAAGCCUGUAGAGAGGACACAGGUGGAAGGUAGUCUCUGAGAGGAGGAAGCACCAGCAGCUGGGGAGGGAGGAAGAAAACCAGGGCAGGCCUGCAGAAGGGGGGAUCUGAGAGCCAUCCUGAAGGGAAAGAAGGACAGGUUUGGAAACAAAUGGCCAGUUUGCAGACAACCAAAGCCUAUUCCAAGGAGAGAACCUGGAACCAGAGAGGAUGGCCCCAGGGACCCAGAGACCCUCAUCCCAGGAGUUGGUGACCUUCAAGGAUGUGGCUGUGCAUUUCACCCAAGAGGAGUGGCGCCUCUUGGACCGUUCUCAGAGAGAGCUGUACAAGGAGGUCAUGCUGGAGAAUGUCCAGAACCUGCUCUCUGUGGGAUUUCCAGUUUCUAGAGAAGAUUUGCCUCCCCCUUUCCAGGAAGGGGAAGCACCAGAGAUGGUAGAAGAAAAAGGUGCAAGGAGCUCCUGUCCAGGUGCAGAGACCAGGUUUGAAGUGAAGGAGAUGACUACAAAGGUGGACAUUCUUGUGGAAGAACUUGGCCAGCAUAAAUUUCUGAGUGAUGGUGCCUGUGACUUCAGUUUGAGAGACAUCUGUGGCUCUAAUACCAAGGUGGAUAAAAAUACUAAGAGUAUCUGGGAGUUUGGUGAAAUUGGAGAGGCCUUCACACAGUCUUCAGUCUUAAAUAACAGUAAGAGAAGGACUUCAUGGAAUGAAGGUGUUCAGGACAGUGAAGAUAAUAAAUGGUUUCCUAAACAACUAAAUGCUCAUGAGAAGUCUCUACAAAUGCAAAUGGAUCAAGGUAAUCAUCUGGAAAUGGCCUUGAAUUUAAAUUCUGAUCUCAUUAGACAUCAGAAAAGUGACACUGGAGAAAUGCCUUAUGUAGCUGACAAACAUGGGAAGGCCUUCAGUCAGAGCUCUAAGCUCAUUACUCUUCAGAAAAUUCACAGUAGAAAGGAGCCUGUUGAAUACAAUGAAUGUAAAGCAACCAUCUCCCUUCACUCAUCUCUUCCUUGCCAUGCUGGAUUUGACCAUGGAAUGAAAAGAUAUGCAUGUCAUCAUUGUGGAAAGGCCUUUGCUUCAAACUCAGAUCUUAUUAGUCAUCAGAACAUUCACACUGGAAAAAAGUUUUAUGAAUGUAAUGAGUGUGGAAAGACUUUCACACAGGAAUCACAUCUUGUUGUACAUCAGAGAAUCCACACUGGAGAGAAACCUUAUGAGUAUAAUCAGUGUGGAAGGGCUUUUGCACAGAUUUCUGGUCUUUCUAACCAUCACAAAGCCCGCAUUAGAGAGAAAGCUUUUGAGUGUAAUCACUGUGGGAAGUCUUUCUCAGAGAGGUCCACUCUUGCUAAGCAUAAGAGAAUCCACACUGGAGAGAAACCUUAUGAUUGUAAUCAGUGUGGAAAGGCUUUUGCACAGAGCUCCAGUCUUGCUGUACAUCAGAGAAUACAUACUGGAGAGAAACCUUAUGAAUGUUAUCAGUGUGGAAAGACUUUCACAGAGAGUUCCAAUCUUGCUAAGCAUAAGAGAAUCCACACUGGAGAGAAACCUUAUGAAUGUAAUCAGUGUGGAAAGGCUUUCACACAGAGCUCUAGUCGUGCUGCACAUCAGAGAAUCCACACUGGAGAGAAACCUUAUGAGUGUAAUCAGUGUGGAAAGACUUUCACCAAGAGUUCCAAUCUUGCUAAGCAUAAGAGAGUCCACACUGGUGAGAAACCUUAUGAGUGUAAUCAGUGUGGAAAGACUUUCAACAAGAGUUCCAAUCUUGCUAAGCAUAAGAGAAUCCACACUGGAGAGAGACCUUAUGAAUGUAAUCAGUGUGGAAAGACUUUCACACACAGCUCUAGUCAUGCUGCACAUCAGAGAAUCCACACUGGAGAGAGACCUUAUCAGUGUGGGAAGGCUUUCACAAUGAAGUCCACUCUUGUUGACAUCAGAGAAUCCACAGUGGAGAGAAACAUUAUGAAUGUAAUCAGUGUGGAAAGGCUUUCACAAUGAGCUCUAAUCUUGCUGCACAUCAGAGAAUCCAUGCUGGAGAGAAACCUUAUGAAUGUGAUCAGUGUGGAAAGGCUUUCACACAGAGUUCCAGUCUUCAUAAGCAUAAGAGAAUCCACACUGGAGAGAACCUUUUGAAUGCAAUCAGUGUGGAAAGAAGUUCAGAUGCAGCUCCACUCUUGCUGUGCACAAAAGGGAAUCCACACCACAAAGAAAUCUUAGGAACAUAAUUAAUGUGGUCAAACCUUCGGGCAAUAACCAUCUCUUACUUCCCAUCUGAGAAUUCCUAUUGUAUAGUAUAAGAAAAUCAUGGCUUUGCCAUGUUGUUGAAGCCAUGAGCCUGGAUUGAACAGACUUUAACGAGAGCUUAAAGUGGCAAGGGCAAGAAUCCAAAAGAACUUAAGGGUGGGGCAGCUAGGUGGCGAAGUGGAUAGAGCACCAGCUCUGGAGUCAGAAGGAACUGAGUUCAAAUACAAGCUCAGACACUUAACACUUACUAGCUGUGUGACCCUGGGCAAGUCACUUAACCCCAAUUGCCUCACACACAAGCACACAUAAAAGAACUUAAGGGGACAAGAGUGCAUGUCAAAUAAGUUGUAUUCCUCAAUGAUCAUGCUUGGAGUUAGACUCAGAAUAACAUGAGUCCCAUAGUGUCGUGCUUUUCAUCCUUAAGUUAAUAUUACACAAAUGGAUUUUGCUAUAAGAUGCUUAAUAACAAAUGGAAGAAUUGGGAUAGGUGUAGUGCCUUCAGAAUUCCUUAAAACAGUGGGAACAUUUUUAAGGUGAUUAAAUAUCAAACAUAGGUAAACUCAGAUUUCCCAUUUUAACAGAAUUUUUGUUUGACAUCCAGAUAUAAGAGAAAUUGCUUUUCUGCCAUAGCUGAUACAAUCAUUCAACAAUUAUACCAUAAAUUUUUUUUGUUUUUGGUGAGGCAAUUGGGGUUAAGUGACUUGCCCAGGGUCACACAGCUAGUAAGUGUUAAGUGUCUGAGGCUGGAUUUGAACUCAGGUACUCCUGAAUCCAGGGCGGGUGCUUUAUCCACUGCACCAUCUAGCUGCCUCCCAUAAGGAUUUUUACAAAUGUAAUACCUUCAAACAAUAUUUGGAUUUCUUAAAAAAUUUUAAACCAAACCAAUUAAUUACGAAUCAGGUGUUCUUAAUUCAGUUGUAUAUGCUUUUACACAGAAACCUUAAAAUCACAUGCUUCCUGAAACUGGGUGGGGGGGGGGGAUGGUUCUAUCAUGCCUUAGCAGACAAUAAAUGGAACAUUUUAAUUUUCUAAGGCCUAAUACUUUUAGCACUUUAAAAGAAAAAAACUUAUCUGUAAAUUCACAUAGUGCAUUUUUAUAAAGUGGUGAGUUUUCCAGUUAAUGUUUGUAAUUUCUUUAUUACUUUCUUUUAAAGACCCGAGAUGUCCAUCCAUACCGUAGAAACUUAUGAGAAAAACAGCAAUUUUUCCCCCCGUGGCUUUUGUAGCCCCAAAGUCUUUUUAUUUUAUGUUAUUAUUAUUAUGGUCUCUUUGGUAAAGACCCCACUCCUUUCAUUAGCUUUUUCCUGACUUCUCUGUAACAAUAGUUCUUGUCAACCAUGCCCCCCCAUUGGAUAAACACUUGUCCUUGAAGAUUGUCACCAGUCCUGGUUCUCCUCCUGCCUUUUGGACUGAUGACCAGGGGAUCCAUAAGUCCUCCCUCUGAUCUGAUUCAGUUCCCUUUUCUCCCUGCCCUACCUCCCUCCAUAUGGGGGUAACUCCCUCAGUCCUGGGCCUGCAUUUCUGAAGUAGUUCUCAGUCUUCUCUCUGAAAGGAACUAGCUGGACAGUAAUAAGAAUAAUAAUAGCUAGGUGGUACACUGGCCCUGGAUUCAGGAACAUGUGAGUUCAAAUUUGGCCUCAGACAUUUGACGCUUACUAGCUGUGUGACCUUGGGGAAGUCACUUAACCCUCAUCCCACCAAAAAAUUAGAAAAAAUAAGACCUGGCCUUCCUCUAGCACCCAGGUGCCAGGCACUGCUGAGCACUUGGGAAAUGGGAUCCUCACAGCAGCCUUUGGGGUAGAUGGAGUUAUUCUCUUUAUUGUAUACUUGAGGAAAGUGAAACAAGCAGGUCCAGUGACUUGCCCAGAGUCACAGAAGAUGUCUGAGGUCAAAUUUGAACUCAGUUCUUCCUGCCUCCAGGCCCAUCUUAGCAUCAGCUCCCUGGCAGCUGCCCUGUGGGGAGCUUCUCAAGAGAAUAAAGGGAAGUAGAAGCAUAAAUAGGGGUUUACACAGCCUUAGUCCAUCUGGGGAGGCUGGGCAGCCACUUUGCUCAUUGGGGUGUGUAUGGCACAAUUAUCUCAGUUUACCCAAAUAAUUUGAGGAGACCACCAAGUCAAUCAGAGCCAGAUUUAUUUCAUUUUCAUGAGAAUGGGUGACCCCAUGCAAGAGAUGAAAAGCGUGCUGGGGGCAGCUAGGUGGCGCAGUGGAUAGAGCACCAGCCCUGGAGUCAGGAAUACCUGAGUUCAAAUCCGGCCUUAGACACAUAACACUUACUAGCUGUGUGACCCUGGGCAAG